AUGCGUCUACAGAGCUGCCAACUCUUGAAAAGCUACCCACUCAGCGUUUUCUACAGUGAAACAAAAUAUUCACUUCAGUCACACUUUAAAAUGAAAAUUUACUAUUUCUUGUGUAUUUUGUCAGCGACCGAACAAUGGCCAGACGUUUUUAUUUAUACAUAUGCGAUAACACCGUUUCUCUUUGGUUGUCGCUCCUUGGUUCUUGGUUCCCUCAGAGACAGCUGUUGUGUGUUUACAUUCCCUGCUGAUCGUUUGAAUUGGGCUGUCACAAAUUUUACCACUAUCACCAUGCCUAGUUUUCUGCUCGUUUUUUCGGAUGAUCCUCCUGCUGCGGACGUUGUGCGGGAGGAUUUUAUUGUGAGCAAAACUGCAGACAACAAAUGUGUUUUUCGGUGGGUGAAGGAUGCCAAGAAAGAUCCUGUGGGAGUGCCGGUCUCCGGCAGAAUUUUGAGAGAAGGGAUGAAAAAGGAUAUGAGAGUGCUGAAAGUGGAUGUCAGUGGCACUAUCACACAAGGGGCAGGUCUUGGUACACGGAAGCAGGAGCUGGAAAAGGCCAGACUUCGAGCAGCUUAUGCGCAGAAACACAAUCUCCAGGAACUUGCUGAGAAUAUGUUGCAUUUGGGAAUUGAUGAACUUGCUCAGCAGCUGAACCCAACUAAAAGGGUGAAGAGGCCUAAGACUCCAAAAAAGAGAAAUCCAGCCCAGAUUGCCCUUGUGAAUGGCCAGCUGAACAACAUGCCUUGUUUCAAGAAUGGCCCUCACAAGAUUGAAGUUUGGGAGGGAAAAGGUGUGUAUUGUCCUGAAGGUUUCCUCACAACAGCCCGGCUGCGGUACGGUUUACAACCUUUAUCUUUGUUCCGCACCAUUCUCCGGAUUCUGUUCCCUACUCGGUUCAGGCUGCUAGAUGGAGCAAGUUAUUCUGGGAAAUACUGUACUGUGGCUGUGCCACCAAAACUUAUUGAAUCAAUAGUGUGUAAGUUCAUCUUAUCUGAAGAUUUCUUAGAUUAUAUGUGAACUGCAAAUCAAAUG